AUUUAAGCAAUCCUACGUGUAUAACAAAUAAAAUGAAAGAGAUGAGAAUUAGCAUUUUGGCUCUGCUGGCUUUGUUCCUCCUUGAGGCGGUGUUAGCCAAUGAAGUAUUUGAUGUCCCCAUGAAUGAAACGAUUGGGGUUGAAAGUAUAAAUGCAUCUGUAGGGGGAUACCCACGAUGCGGAGCGCAAGGUGAUGGCGGAAACUGUCCUAGUGGAAUGUGUUGUAGUGUAUGGGGUUGGUGUGGAAAGACAUAUGGGUAUUGUGCUCCUCAAAACUGUCAGAAACAAUGUCCAGCCCCGUACCCAGAGGGACGUUGCGGCUGGCAAGCUGAUGGUAAAUCAUGUCCUAAUGGAAAGUGUUGUAGUUAUGGUGGUUGGUGUGGGACCACAUCAGAUUAUUGUGCUCGUCAAAACUGUCAAAAACAAUGUAUAUUACCGUCACCUCCUCCUCCACCACCACCUCCACCCGGAUUUCCACGACCAGAAUGUGGACUGCAAAAGAAUGGUGAGAGAUGUACUAAACCCGGAGAGUGUUGUAGUAUAUGGGGUUUGUGUGGAGCCACAUACAAGUAUUGUGAUCCUCAACAUUGUCAGAAACAAUGUUCAGCUCCAUUCCCACCAGGACGGUGCGGAUGGCAAGCUGAUGGUAGACCAUGUCCUACUGGACAAUGUUGUAGUUUCUCUGGUUGGUGUGGGACCACAUCAGCUCAUUGCACUUACCCACAAUGUGUGAGCCAAUGCAACGAUCCUCGUUUCCCCUCAUCCCUCAACAAUCGUAUUCAAAGUUUCAUGCUCUAGAGGAUCCUCUUUUGGAACUCGACAAGUGUGUGUAAUAAUAAUGCAUGAAGAACAUAAUAAUAGUAAAUAAAGACCUUUUGUCUACAACCAUAUUUUAAUUACAACAACUAUUUAGAUUUCA